AUGGAGGAAAUUUAUGAAAAUCUUGAUCAACUCAAAUCCGCCAACCUAAAAGCUUCAACAAGUCACACAGGUCCAACGAGCUCUGAGAAGAGUUCAUAUUCAGGUUUUACUAUCUUUCUGGGACUGCUCAGUGUUUUCCUGUUGGUUGGACUCAUCAUCCUUGGUGUCCUCUAUGGUUACUCAGCUGCAGAGCUCUCUGACGUCAAAGACAACGUGGGGUUACUCCAGACCAGCACCGACAAACUCUCCUCCGUGACUGAGGAGAGAGACCUGCUGAACGCCAACCUGACUAAAAUGACUGAGGAGAGAGAUCUGCUGAAAGCCAACCUGACUAAAAUGAUUAAAGAGAUGGAAAGGCUUCAGAAUUUCCCUAAACAGAAGAAAACAUGCCGUGAAGGAUGGAAAAUGUUGAGUUGCACCUGUCAUUUCCUCUCUGAAGCGUCUGGUUCCUGGGAUGAAGGCAGACAGGACUGUAGAAACAGAGGAGCAGAUCUGGUGGUGAUAGACAGCCCUGAAGAACAGACGUUCCUCUCAGACUUCACCAAGAGACCAACUUGGAUUGGUUUGAAUGACAGAGACCAUGAAGGAAUCUGGAAAUGGGUUGAUGGGACUCCACUGACUCUGAAGUACUGGGAUACAAAUCAACCUGAUAACGGAGGUGGAGUCCCAAAGUAUGGUGAAGAAGACUGUGUUCAUAUCAGAACUGAUGAUAACACUGCUUGGAAUGAUAUUUCAUGUGCGUCAUCUCUGCCGUGGGUCUGUGAAAAGAUACCAUAACUCUACUGGGCUCGUUUAAAGUUUAUAUACUGCAUUUAAAUGUUUUUUGUUUUUGUUUUUUUAUUUCUAUCUACAACUUAGGUGUUCCAUUCAAAUUAAUUAUCCACAGCUUUUUUUUUUUUAAAUCAAUAUGAAUGGCAUGUGAUCAAAAUAUGUAAAUAUCACAUCACUUUGCUUCAACAUCUACACACAUGUAUAAUAACUGAGUUCAAAACUCAUGUAAGCAUUCAUUGCAUUGUUUGUAUUCAGUAUCAGUCUGUUGUCUUGACUUAUGACAAGUUUUCCUGUCCUGCUCCAUUUAAAACUAUAGCAUGAUGGUAUCAGGGAACCUCUGGUUAUUUUAACAUGGCAUCAGUUUUCAGCUGGGGCCUAUAUGGGAUGGCAGUAGUUUGUUGAACAAAUCAGAGAUCUCUACACGAGUUGUGUUUGAGCAAAUGCUGCAUGCUGUAGGUCAUUGGAAAGCUCAUUUUCUUCUGAUUGCCAUUAUAGGAUUCAACUAACACAGCCAACACAACCAACACGUUUUGUUCAAAACAAUAAAAACAAGAAACAAGCAUAAACUCACCAGAAAAAGCCUGUAAAAGUGCUAUAUAAAUCCAAUCCAUUAUCAUUAUUAUUAUUAUUAUAAUAAUCAAUAUUAUCCAGCUCGAGAUAGAUAGAUCAGUGCGUAUUGGAGCUGGACGUUUAGAUGAGACCUGUCCUCAGGCAAACUUCUUAGUUUUUAAAUGUGUAACAACUUUGAUUCCUCAAGAACAAUACCACUUACAGUGAUUCUUACUUUUGUGAUGGAAACUUCAGAGUCUUAAAAUUUCACCAAGAGACCAAGAACAUGCAUGAGCUGUUCAUGAACAGCAUUCAGUUAAUUAAGACCAUUAAAGUCCUCAGUUUAAUCAACUACCUAUAAUAUCAGGUAUAAUAUACACACAUUCCCACAAGUGUCACCAGUAUGCCAUAUCAAUUAAUAAAUCGUAACCAAUAAUCAUUAAUAAUCAUCAUUAAUGAUCAUAUAUUAUGAUAUACAUUAUAAUAAUCAUUAUAUUUUUGUACCUUUUCUUGAACUGGCUGAUAUUUGGACUUUGACACUGGUAAUCGAUAUGCAGAAACUUUUUAAGUAUUUCUAGUAUAAAUAAAUAUUUUUUGGAAGCUUUCUGGUAGUUGUCUGCUUUUUUUUUUUUUUUAACUUUUUUUUACAUGAUUGCUGUUUGGUAAGAUACGAUGUCAGCAAAUUUCAGGAGUUCUGAAAUCCUAAUCCCAUUGAUUUCUAUUCACAUUGUGUUUACUGUGCCUUUGCCAAAUAACAUGAAAUUAGUCUUAAAUUUAAUGAUAAUGUAUUCCAGUCAAACUAUAUUUUUAUUUUUUGCAUUUCGUCAUGUUUCCUGCUGAACCAAAAAUAUUUCUGUCAUCUGCAAAAUUGACAAAUUUUAACCACCUAGACACUUUACACAUUUCAUUAAUAUAAUGUCUUUGUAUCUUUAUUUUGUAUUGUUUUUGUCUUCUGUUCUGCUUGUUUUCUGUCCUGAUUUUUUGUGAACU